GAAAGCGCAGAGUCCUACACGAUGGAGCCUCGACGUCGGCCUCAGAGUUCUCAUUCCGGGUGCUCGAGGGCCGCGGUGACGGCCGAGCACAGGCGGGAAGGAUGGAGAAAACCAGGAGGUGAUCUUUUCAGCAAACACGCAACUGCCCCCUUUACCUUUUUUUUUUUUUUUUUUUUGCUCCUAUAAUGGGGGGUGAGAGAAAAAGAUGUCAAUGACCAUUGUUUGCGCGUUUGGGAUGUUGCUCCGCCCCCCGAGUCUGUCGUAAACCUGGGGCCGGACUAAAAUAAACCCCCAGAUCCCGCAGCUCCGGGGGCUCGCCGCGCAGCCCGCAGCUGGUCACAGGCGCUGCCGCCGCGGCCGACCGAGGUGGCGGCGACAAGCAGCCGCCCGGUCCCGCCCGAGCCCGCCCCGGGCCCCCCUACCUGGCGGUCCGCCGAGCCAUGUCGUUGAGCCCCAAGCACACGACGCCCUUCUCCGUGUCCGACAUCCUGAGUCCCAUCGAGGAGACCUACAAGAAGUUCGGCGGCGCCAUGGACGGCGCGCCGCCCGGCUUGGGGGCGCCCCUGGGGGCCGCGGCGGCCGCCGCCGCCUACCGCGCGCAACCGCCCGGCCCCUCUUCGCAGGCGGCGGCCGUGGCGGGCAUGCAGCCUUCGCACGCCAUGGCGGGACACAACGCGGCGGCCGCGGCGGCGGCGGCGGCAGCGGCGGCGGCGGCGGCCGCCACUUACCAUAUGCCGCCCGGCGUCUCGCAGUUCCCGCACAGCGCCAUGGGGGGCUACUGCAACGGCGGCCUGGGCAACAUGAGCGAGCUGCCCGCCUACACGGACGGCAUGCGGAGCGGCGCGGCCGCCGCGGCCACCGGCUGGUACGGCGCCAACCCGGACCCGCGCUACUCGUCAAUCUCCAGGUUCAUGGGGCCGUCGGCGGGCGUGAACGUGGCCGGCAUGGGAUCGCUGACGGGCAUCGCAGACGCCGCCAAGUCGCUGGCGCCGCUGCACGCGGCUGCUGCGGCGCCACGAAGGAAGCGCCGCGUGCUCUUCUCUCAGGCGCAGGUCUACGAGCUGGAGCGGCGCUUCAAGCAGCAGAAGUACCUGUCGGCGCCCGAGCGCGAGCACCUGGCCAGCAUGAUCCACCUGACCCCGACGCAGGUCAAGAUCUGGUUCCAGAACCACCGCUACAAGAUGAAGCGGCAGGCCAAGGACAAGGCGGCGCAGCAGCUGCAGCAGGAGGCCAGCCUGGGCCCGCCGCCGCCGCCGCCGCCAUCCCCGCGCCGUGUGGCCGUGCCGGUGCUGGUCAAGGACGGCAAGCCGUGCCAGAACGGGGCGGGCACGCCGACGCCGGGCCAGGCCGGGCCGCAGCAGCCGUCGGCCCCUACGCCCGGGCCAGACCUGGAGGAGCUGUCGCCCAGCCCGCCCCCGCUGCACGGCCCGGGGGGCGGCCUGGCGGCGCUGGACGCGGCCGCCGGGGACUACGGCGGCGGGGUGCUCGGCGCCAACCUGCUCUAUGGCAGGACGUGGUGA